CGAGGUUUUAAUCGGAAGUUGAUAUAGUUACGGGAGUGCCAUAAUUUGAAUAAUUAUAUUUUCAUCGUAUGAAAGCGCUCUAUAUUCGAAAACAAUUUGCGCGGUGGGUGGAAUGUAUUAUACAGUUUGAUGUGUAGUUGGCCUCAUUAGGGUGUUGGAUAGAGCAGAACAAUGGGUAUAGCAGCAGAAAUGUUUGAGCAACUUGAAGCCUAUGAAUGGCCAAUAGAUUUAUUCGAAGGUGGCAGAUCUGCCUUAUGUGUGUAUUUGGAGGACUCCAACCACAAGACUGCCAAAUUACUCAACAUACGUGGCCAUUGUGGUGUAACAGACAGCUUCCUCUUUCAUGGUGUUCAGGAGGCAAACCAACACGCAGAACUUGGCAAGACCCUGCAGUCUGUUGAAGUACUGGAUUUGACUGGUUGUUUCCAGUUGACGGAUACCGGACUGAUUUAUUUGAUAGGUCACCUCCCUAACCUAACCCAUAUAUUACUUGGGGGCUGUAGACAUGUUACAGAGGCUUCAAUACAGAAAAUGCUUGAAAUGUGUUCCAAUUUGAUGGCUGUGGUUCUUGAUGGAUGCAACAUUGGCUUAAUCCCAGAGCACCCAAAUUCUCGACCAAUCACAACACUGCUUUCAAGUGAUGCAAAAAAGGCUUUGAAAAAAGUCAGAAUGGGAAACUAUAAGUACUUACAAGGGCUGAAUGAUGAAGAGGAUGACAAAUCUGUUGUCAUGGUUACCAAUGGUACCAUUUGUGUUGGAUUGGCUGAUAAAAUUGCAUCAAAAUCAAUAGUAUUGAUACACAUGGAAAAGGAGUACAAAAGCUUACUGGGAGAGUUCUGCAGUAUUACAAUCACAUGUAAAGAUGAUGUGUUUGGAAGUGGACAAGUUGAGUCCUCAGGGAGAACAUUGAAUGUCUUUGAAUGUCACCAAGAUCUGGCAUUUCAUUUGAUUCCCCCUGAAGCUGUGUGUGUAAUAAUCCCAGGAACAGAUCCAGCUGUGUCAUCAGCAGUCAGCAUUAUGGGUCUUGUCUCUUAUAUCAGUGCUAGACAGGGAUGUGAGAUUGUCAUUCAAUCUUCGGAAUCAAAUCUUCAAUCACAACUGAAGGAGGCUACUGAAAGACUUACCAAUAUGAAAGGUUCAGAUAAUGAUGAAAGCUUGAAACUUCACUUUGCAACUAUGGAAAUGCCUUAUAAGUACAUAGUAACCCCUGGGUGUGCGAGUUUAAAGAAGUUCAUGGAAGAAAAUCAGAAAGUGUUUCAACUAAAACUACCAAAGGCAGUCAUAGACAUGAAAAUCAAGUUAGAUUUGUACAAAAAAGAACAUAGAGAUAUGAAGUCAGUUCUCACUGGUGAUGAACUGAACAGUUUAAUUAUAUCACUGAGGCCUGAUACAGACAAUGUAUCAACAGAAGUAGACGCCAAGAUGUACAAAAGCCUACACUACCUUCAUUGUAUGGGAGACAUACUGCUGUUCAAAGAUGAUACCAUAGCUGUGUUGAACCCCGAGUUGCUGCAGUCCAUCUUAAGCAUACCAAACAACUUCACCAGUGUGUGCGCCUCUGAAUUUGGUGUCAGUUUUGUUGAUGAGAAAACUGAUGUAAUCCAAGUUGAUCCUGCUUUAGAGAAAGAACUACAUGUCUGUAAUUUGAAAUUAGUACAUGAACUAAUUCAGAGUUGUUAUAUCAGUGAGGAUAUAAGUGGUCUUCAAAAUGAGAAUUCUCCACAGAAGAGAGUUGGUUUCCUUGUUAUGGAUAGAGUACAGUCAUCUAUGCCAAUGCCUCUGGAGCACUAUGAGUGUAAAGAUGCAUUUGCCGUACAGUGUGUAUAUGUUCUACCAAUCUGGUACAUAUGGGAAUCUGCGUGGAAAUCAGUACUCUCCCAGGCAAUGGCCUACCAUCCUUCUAACACUGUCUUACUAUGGGACAAAGGCAUUGUGAAAGAAAUUGGAGGUGUGGUACUUGCUGUAAAAAGAGAUGAUGCUCGGAUUGUUGUGACGUGCUCAGUUCCAUGGAUAAAACAGGAUUCUGGUAACUCCAGCGAGGCAGACGAUGUUGCCCAACCCCUCAUGUCAACCUACUGCCAAAUGCUGCAAAGUACUCUCCAAAGAUUCAACUGUAUCUUUAAGGUAGAUAAGUUGGCCAGUGAGAAGAUGUCGCAAGAAGUCCCCAAGAAAGCCACUCACCAUAACUUCCCAGCUAAUUCUGGGGGAAAUGCUGGACAUUUGGGAGUGACUGGUACAGCAUGUGGUGUCUGUGGGCUGACAACCUCACAGCUAUCACUUGAACAGAAUAAUGACUGUGAUCUUUUACAUUUACACACUGACAACAAUGCUUCACCUCUAGAGUACAUAUACUCCACAUUCAAAGAAGCCAUACCAAAAUUUAGUACAUCUUUGAAUAAAAUUUCGGAGGAUGCCUCAACGCCAACAAGUUGCAUUAUAAAGUUUCCUCAACAUGAGCUCUCUGCUGGAGAUACUUUAAAUUUGCCUUCACUGUUUGCAUUUGGCAAAAAUGAAAUUCAGCUCUCAAUUUUGGACAUAUCUCUGGCAGGAACAUUUAAGGAUGGUGAGGAUUCUACAACUAUUGAUAUGUGCAUAGAAGCUAUAUCUGGUGGCAGUAAGAAGUUUGAAUUCAAAGAGAAUCAGCUUAACAUUGGUGACAACCUGAAACUUCAACUACAAGCAGAAGAGGAACCUCUAUCUCGUACCUUCAAUUUGAGGAUUUUCCAAAACGGUGUUGAGAUAGGACAUUUAUCAUGUGAAAAGCAUAUUUGUGGGAUAAAACUUUAUGCCUCAAAACGCUACAUGAUGGCACUAGACUUGAAAAAAUCUGGGUAUGGAAUGGGAAAUUGCACUAUAAGUGUUGGAAUGAGGCUGGAAGCAAAGGAUAGGAAGACCCCCAGUCUCAUAUGCGUGGCAACAAUAACUGCCAUAAAAGAGGAUUCGCCAACACCAUAUCUUAUACACUUUGAUGGUUGGAGUACUGGGUAUGACUAUUGGACAGAGUUUGAAACUGAAGACAUUCACCCUAUAGGAUACCAGAAAUACUGUCUCGAAAAUAGAAUCCCAACAUCGUCGCGAUCAAUCCUUCAACAACCUUCAGGGAGAAAUGAUCCAAACUGGACGUGGGAGAGCUAUCUUGAAUCAAUUGAUGCUGAGCCUGUCCCCUAUGUUUUGUUCUCUGAGGCACAGGCAAAGGGAUGCCCAGACAUUACAGCAGAUAGUGGAGGAGUCACAUUGAUGUGUACAAAACUGAAUGGUCGAGCAGAAUUUCGUGAACAAAACACCUACAGAAAUCCUAAAAUUGGGUUACGUCAAUGUAUUUCUGAUUUGAAGAGAGCAUUACCUCAACCAAUCAAGGGAAAAGUGGAUGUCUCUUUGGAUAGCUCCGCAUACCGUCAUCAUAUGGUGACGCCAUUGCCUGAGGGGGACCUCUACACUUUAUUGAUGCAUCCCUCGAUGUCUGCCAUCUCUAGGGCAGAUCUGAGUUUGCAUUGUUUGUGUAAUGAAAAUAUAUCUGAGGUGCAUUUCUUGAACAGCAAAGGAGAACAUAUGUCUAAGAGAACAUUCCUUCCCGAUCCCUUCAAUCUGACCCCCUACAACAUGCUUAUGGGUAUUUCUGCAAUGCAUCUAAUCACAAACUCAAAGAUUCUGCUUCCUUCUGUAUGCAACAACUUACUUGGAAGCGAACAUAAACAAGUUUCUGAUACAGUUAGGAGAAAGUUAGAAGCAGGUAUACGGAAGUUAUCUCUGUAUUUUCUUCACAAUUUAAGUCGAGCGUAUAACAUGAUAAAAAAUAAAGAAGUGCAGGUAGAUAUUAAGGCAGAGGAGUUAGAGGCACCUUUACCCAUUCCCAGUGAUACACAAACCACCUCAGAGCCCUCUGGAGAUUAUCUACACACGAUGUACAAAUAUGCAUGUGCAUGUCCUAGUCAUAUGGGUCAGCUGAAUUUAGAAACACUUGGGGCAUUGGGGAGUUACACAAACUUCAUAACCACAUUGAAUCUUCAAGACGUUACAUUGGAAACUUACCCUGAUUCAAUCAGAGUUCUCUCUCAGCUUCAACAACUUCAAUUGGUCAACUGCCAACUGGAAACUCUACCAGAUAAUGCCCUGGAGUGUUUCGGCAACCUUAAGUUAUUAAAUUUGAAGGGAAAUAACAUGAAGGCCUUGCCACCUUCAAUGGAACAAUGCAUCAGACUUGAAGAACUCGAUAUCUCGAAUAAUAAGUUCUCCAGUCUAUCAGACAACCUAAGAUGUGAGAGUUUGAAGAAAAUCAACAUCUCUAAAAACUUAUUCGAAGCUAUACCAGACACACUGAUGGCUUUAACACAGUUGAAUGUUCUAAUGGCAAACUGCUGUAAGAUUGGUAGCAUACCCUCCUCUAUACAUAAACUACAGCAUUUACACACACUGGAGCUACAGAUGCUACACAUAAGAGAACUCCCUGAUUCUCUUGGGGAGCUGAGUGAGCUACAAGAGUUGGAUAUAAGUGGUAUUCCCUGGCUUAUGGGAUAUGAUUCAAGAUCUAGCACAUUGACAAUUGAGGCAUACAAAAUUUACAUCAAAGAACAUAUAUCCAUACAAUUUUUGUCAAAUGAAGAGUUAUUGGCUUUCUUUGAAGAAUGUGAUCCUGACAAAAAGUUUGUGCUGGACCAUAAGCAGAUACAGAAGCUGAACGCCAAGCUUUAUGAGGCAAUACCCAGACUUGGACAGACUACAAAUGGACAGUGGCCAGCAGUGUUAAACAAGUUAUCUUCACUGAAGGCACUCAAGCUAUCCCAUCAGGCUUUGACCCUAGUGCCUGAUACAAUUGUAGAACUUCAACACCUGACACACAUUGAUGUUUCCCAUAAUCCUCAGCUGCUUUCACUGCCAGACAACCUUGGUAAGCUGUCCCUGAGUCAGCUACCACUAAAGGGGUGCCCAGUGCUGAAGACCCCUCCUAAGGAGAUAGUAUCGAGGGGAUUGACAGCCAUCCUGGCAUAUUUCAAACGCCUCCAAUCAGGUUCCACUGCCUGUAAGAGAACCAAGUUGAUGAUGGUGGGACUUGGUGGAGCUGGAAAAACAAGUCUAGUACAGGCUUUGACCAGUGGCAAUUACCAAUCAUAUGGCACUCAGGGGGAGAAUAUCACUGAUGGUAUAGACAUCACAACUUGGACAGUUGGACAGGGAUCUGGUGAUGACAGGUUAACUUAUGGUGUUUGGGACUUUGCGGGACAAACUAUAUAUUACAACACUCAUCAGUUUUUCUUGUCAAAUCGGGCUGUGUAUCUUCUGCUAUGGAAUAUCAGGUUGGGGUAUGAACAUGCUGGCCUCAACUUCUGGCUUAACUCCAUCAGCUGCCAUGCCCCCAAGGCACCUAUCAUCAUUGUGGGGACACAUGCAGACCAAGUCGAGAAGUUUGAACUGCCAUCUGCAGUUAUGAAAGAAAAGUUUCCACAAAUUGUGGCCUUCCACAAUAUCAGCACAUACACAGGGAUGGGUGUUGAAGCUCUUGCUAAUGAGCUUAUAGAAGUUACCUCAAAAGAAAAGUACAUGGGAGAGAAGGUACCUGAAGUAUGGCUGAGCUUUGAGAAGAAACUUUUAACCAUUCGUAAAGAAAGUGUAGUUGAGCUCACCCGUGUGUCGGAAAUUGCAGUGGAGUGUGGCAUCAUGGAAAUGGAUGAGCUCCUUCAAGCAGUUGCCUUCCUACACGACCUUGGUUCCAUCGUCUACUUCAACAACAAAGCACUUAGAGACAAAGUUAUCCUCAACCCACAGUGGAUUGUUGAUGUCAUGGCAUGUGUUGUCAAUGUACAUGAUAGCCCAAUUAAGGAUGGGAAACUUCUCCACAAAGACAAGGCUACAAUCUGGCACGCCUAUCCCCCUGAUUUACAUGAUUGGCUACUGAAACUCACUGAGGUAUUUGACCUAACGUUCCCUCUGAACAAUGAGGAGGCACACUUGGUACCCUGCCUUCUACCUGAAGAUGAUCCUCCUUUUGAAUGGCCUGAUAUCUCAAAUGAUCCUGAUAUGCACAGAAAUAGGAUGCUAUAUAACUUUGAAUAUCUCCCUGGAGGUCUAUUCAAUAGAUUGCAGGUUCGCCUGUAUCAGUUCUCAGAUAGUUUUGUGAUCUGGAAGAAAGGAUCCAUCCUGAAGAAACGAAAUCACAUAGCCCUCAUGUCAACCAUUAAUGGAAACACAGUGCUGGUGAAAGUACAAGGGCCUCGACCUGAAAACAUUCUGUUUAUGAUCCAUGAGGUCCUAGAGACUCUUAUUGCAGAGUCAUUUAAUGGUGUAACCUAUACAAUGAUGAUUCCUUGCAUGGACUGCAUAAAGGCGGGGAUGUCUGAGCCAACUAUGAUACCAGUUGGGAAAAUCAAGCAAGCAUCAGACAUGAAAGUACCAUUUCUCCAGUGCUAUGAUAGAUUCCAUACUCUCUCCAUCAGUGAGAUUCAAGGAUCUGUACCUCCGGACAACAGUGCUGAUUUUGACAUCCAUCUUGAGCGCUGCCUACAUGAGCUUAAUGACCUUCGUUAUGGCCUCUCAACAGAUAUAUUUAUCUCAUUCUGUGAUAAAAAUCUCCCCCCAGACGAUGACCCGAAUCUUGUGAGCCCAGUACAAAUUAAGAAAGAUCUGAUUAAAGCAGGCUACAGUGUAUGGUAUAAUGACAAGACGAGAGACAUUGAAGAUGUCACUGUAGCUAUGAAAGACUCUAAGGUUUUUGUAGCACUGAUAUCAAAUGAAUAUGUGAAUGAUCCACACUGUGAGGAGAUGUUCAUGUACGCAACUACAAUGUUAAAAAAAACCCUUCAACUUAUUGUUGUGGGCCAAGGGUAUGAGUGGAGAAAUUCCGUUAUAGGCCUUCAAGUCACAGAUGAGGUAUUUGUGAACAUGCAGAAAAAAGAGAGAUACCCUGUUAAGAUUAAAGAACUUUGCACUACAUUGGAGAAACAUUUAAGCACCAAGACGAAAGUUAUCCCAUCAUGCUUUAUCAGCUACUGUUGGUCUAACUCCCAGAAUGCAAUAGAUUUAGGAUCAAGGGAGAAAGAUGGCGCUAUAGGCUGGGCAGAUCCGCGUGAAAUACGUAAAAAACUUGGUGAGAAUGACAUUGACUGCUGGUUAGACAUUGAACAACUUGGAUCUGGAGGUGGACUUUUUGAAGAUAUCGCCAAAGGGCUACGAAAUGCAAAAGUCAUAGUUGCGUUCGUCUCAGAUGAGUAUGCAGAAUCUAAGAACUGCAUGUUAGAAUUCCGUUUUGCAGCAUUUACCUUGAGACUUCCCAUGAUUCUUGUGGUUGUCGGGACAGGAAAUAAAUGGAGGACGUCGGAGUUGGGAAUUAUUGGCCUCGGCCAUGCUGAAGUAUCCAUGCAGUUUACAAAUCCUGGAGGUUUUGAGGAGAUAUUGAAUUUUGUAAAGUCCAACCUUCCUGAGGUCGAUGACUCUGAUAUUGAACUUCAAGAGAAACAAGACCAAGAAGGCAAGCAGAUUGCCUUUAAAGAACUGCUGGAGCUGCUACAAAGAAAAUUCCUUAGAACUGUGCGUAGUUAUGAGGAAGAAAUGUCAGCUCAAUGGCCAAGAUUGAUCGUUAUAGACACAUACAAUAGUGUGAGAUCUCAUACUGGUGGAGGGGAUACAUCUCAACAAGGUAAUGACAACACUAAUGGUGAUGGAGCUCCAACAGUUCCAAUGGAAGUUGAUGAUACAGGUGGCAAUACUGGGAAUGAUGUCAAAGCUGAUGAUGACACUUCUAAUUUAGAAAUGAAGCUUUUCCUUAAAGCUCUAUGUGAACAUGAAGGGAACUGGCAUACAGGUGACAAAGUGAUACCUCUAGACUUCAAAAGUGAUGAUGAGCAAAUGAGUUUCUUGAAGAGUUCUGCAGGGUAUACAUCACGCUUAAUAGCCAUUUUGAAACAUACAAGCAUUGAUCUUGAUUGUUUGACCUCAAAUAAGCAUGGAGAGAAACUUCUGGAGAUUAUUGAUAAGCACUGUGAUAGAGACCCUGACUUUAAGGAAGAAUACAUGAUUGUACGGGAGAAAGCUUUUGAUCUUGAUGAGAAAAAUACAAAUGGAUCUCUUUCAAGAUGUCACCUCCAUAAUGGCAAAGUCAGUUGGUUAUGUGAAGAACAUCAACUUGCGUCCCAAGCAAGCACAGUGACAUCUGGUGAGACUGCUGGUCAUGCCACGUUAGAAGAUGACACUGCAAUGAUGCUUGAACAUCUUACUAUAGGCGACAAAGACAAAGUACAAACUCAGAAUGAAACCUCUGCUGCUACAAAGUUCAAAGGAGCAGUAGUUGGAGCUGCAUUGGCCAAUGCAGGCGCAACAAUGAUAAAGGAUCAAAAGAAAGCAGUUGCUGCAUCUGUACUCGCUUCACCUGCAGAACCUACGUUAAAUAAGAAAGGAAGCAAAGCAUGUGUAGUUAUGUGAACUAUACCAGGUGAUGAGGUGUGGUUAGUUGGAGUAACCAAGAGGCACCAUACUAAUAAUGGACCAGAUAUAAACUAAAAUGAUUCCAUGUAAUAUGGAACAUGGAUUAUUGGACUACCGUAUGGUGCCACAAGUAGUUAAAAGUGUUCCAUUUAUGGAAGUAUUUUACUUUUAUAGAGAUGUUCUAUUUGACAAUUUUAACAAUGUAAUGCUAAAUGUGAGACAGCAUUUAGAAAUUUGAGAUUGAGUAACCAAAAGCAGAGCACCAAGCUGUGAUAUAAAACUCAUUGCAGUAAUUUGUACAAUUAUACAAAAUAAUAUGAUGAGAUACAUGUACAAUCUCAUAUGAUAGGAAAAUCAGGUGAACAGUUUAAAUGAUAAUGACUAUUAAAGAUAGUCAAAAUCAUAAAAGAGUCAUGUCAAUUAUGUCUUUGUAUUGGAAAAUGAUGCAAAGUGGAGGCAGAGUCUCAAUUCCGAUCCACUAGCUCAAAGAUGUAAAGCAACAGAAGUUAAGCAUUAGAUCUGAAACCAAUGCAGUUUUAAACAUUCCAGCUUUUCUUUUUAUGUUUGUGUGCAUUCAACAUUUCUCAUAGCUAUGAAGCUAUUCCUCUGUAAAAUAUGUAAUAAUAGACACACGCAAAUCCAAAUGUUGAUUGGUUUAGUAGGUUGUAAAUUAAAUGUUCAGCUCUUACAUGCUUUUU